AUGCACGAUAGGGACGGUGACGGCAGUCCGACCAGACAUUCAUCAGAACACCCUCUUUCGAGCGGGACAUGUGAACGUGAGAAGUGGACGCCGCCAGGCGAAACGAAAGUCAAAGACUAUGGCGAUAGCCCUGUCCCAUCUCGCUGCAACCUAGCAAGCGCCGCACCGCUAGAAGACACCUCCGCCGUCGCCCCCGCACCAGCAGCAGCAGCAGCAGCAGAGGCACGAAAUGCUGAGGAGAAUCACCCUGCCGAGACACACGAUGAGGAUCUGGCCCGCCUAGCCUCGAUGUCAACCUCUUCAGCAGACGAACCAGGCGAAGACGACGAGUCCAGAUACGCAACAGGCCUGCCUCUUCACCUCCUCACUCUCGGGCUCACGCUCUCAACGUUCGUAAUCGCACUGGACAAUACCAUCAUCGCGACCGCAAUCCCGCGCAUCACCACGGUCUUCAACUCCCUAGACGAUGUGGGUUGGUACGGCUCGUCAUACCUCCUCACGACCACCUCCCUGCAGCCCAGCUUCGGGAAGAUCUAUACGUACUUCAACGUUAAGUGGACGUAUAUGAUCGCGCUGGUCAUCUUUGAGCUCGGCUCCGUGCUCUGCGCCGCAGCUGUGAACUCCACGAUGCUUAUCGUCGGGCGCGCUGUAGCCGGCGUGGGCGCUGCGGCCAUGUUCUCCGGCGGGAUGACCAUCGUGGGAUAUUCUGUCCCGCUACGCAAAAGACCCAUAUACAUCGGGCUACUGAGUUCGAUGUUUGGGGUGGCGAGCGUGGUAGGCCCGAUUUUGGGAGGCGCCUUGACCGACCGUGUUUCUUGGCGUUGGUGUUUCUACAUCAACUUGCCGAUCGGCGCGAUUGCGAUCGCGGCCGUUUUCUUCUUCUUCAAGAACCCGGUCCGGGCACACAGCAGUCUGACGACCAAGCAGAAGAUCGGGCAGAUAGACUUACUAGGGGCUUUCUUUCUCAUUUGCGCCAUCGUCUGCCUGCUGCUGGCUUUGCAGUGGGGCGGGACGACGUAUCCGUGGUCGAAUUCUCAGGUCUGGGGCUGUCUUUUGGGCUUCGGUCUCUUGAUCAUUACAUUCACGGGCAUUCAAUUCUGGAAGGGCGAUAUGGCGACCCUGCCGCCUCGGAUCCUCCUUCGACAGCGCACUGUGUUCGUGUGUGCAUUCUUCUCGGCAUUCCUGGCUAUGGCAUUGUACACCCACAUUUACUAUCUGCCCUUCUACUUUCAGGCAGUCAAGGGCACCACGGCUGAACAAUCAGGCAUACGAACAAUCCCAUACCUCGUCAGCAUCACAAUUUCGUCAAUCGUUGUCGGAGGCAGUAUCACUACCUUAGGUCCAUACGUCCCUUUCACGUGGGUGGGAUCCGCGAUCUUCGCAGUCGGCUCGGGUUUGCUCUACAGCCUGAAGGUCCACUCUUCGACUGGUAGCUGGAUCGGGUAUCAGAUCCUGGCGGGCGUGGGCGCCGGCGCGUGCGUCCAAAUCCCCUUCAUCGCAGUGCAAGUCGUACUCUCCAAGAAAGACAUGCCUGUCGGCAACGCAGUGGCCAUCUUCUUCAACUCCCUUGGAGGCGCCAUCUCCAUAUCCAUCGCACAGAACAUCUUCUCAAACACCCUGAUCGAGGAGAUUCCCAAGUACACGAGUGGCGUGAAUCCAUGGACGAUAGUCAUGGCCGGAGCAACCCACAUCAGGGAGGUCACGCCGCCGGCGCAGUUACAGGGCGUGUUGUACGCCUACAAUAUCGCCGUGACGCACUCGUACAUUCUGUCGAUUGCCUGCUCGAGCAUUGCUUUUCUUUUCUCGUUAGGUUUCGAGUGGAAAAGCGUCAAGGGGAAGAAGCUUGAAAUGGGUGGAGCGGCGUAG